CCCUUCCAUUUACCUGUAUCUCUCCCUCCAUGAUAGACUAACCUAUCUCGUCGUCCUACAUUCUGUUGGCGACGGGUCAGGGAAACAAUCAAGUUGCUUCAUCCUGUCGUAAAACCCACCGCCCACCACCACCUCAUGUCGACUUUAUCUUUUCCUACAGCUUUUCCUGCUCCUACUAAUGUUUUGCCUUUCCAACUCCUAGAGAUCAAUUUGAUUUCUGCGCAAGAUCUUGCUCGUAUUGGUCGAGGAAUGCGUACGUAUGCUGUAGCUUGGGUCCACCCUGAACGCAAAUUAUCGACGCGUCUUGAUGCUGAUGGCCAUACUGACCCAACAUGGAAUGAUAAAUUCGUCUUUCGUGUAGACGAGUCUUUCCUUCGAUCUGAUACAUCAGCUGUAAUGAUUGAGAUAUAUGCUGUUCGUUGCUUUCGUGAUGUAUGUGUUGGUAUUGUACGAGUUCUUGUGGGGAAUCUUAUCCCUCCAUCUUCACGUAACCAACGAAACUCUGGAAUGCGUUUCAUUGCAUUGCAAGUGCGUCGCCCAUCAGGACGCCCUCAAGGUAUUCUUAAUAUAGGAGUUGCUCUCUUAGAUGGUUCAAUGAGAAGUAUGCCUCUGUAUACCCAAUUAAGCACUUCAGCUGUUGGAUAUCGAGAUUUAAUGGGCGAAGAAUCUCACAGUCCAAACCAUCAUCAUAAAGAACAGAAAAAAGGCAUCUAUAUGCGUCGUAGCGUAAGUGAGCGAAAAUCAGACGCAAUUUUUAACGAUUUUCCUCUAAAACCUGGAUCAACCGCGCUUUCAGAAGUAGGAGAACCACCAUUUGCCACAGUAACGACUACCGGUUCAGUUUGGUCAUUGUCGGAUAUAGGACCUGCACCUUCAGUGCUUGCUGCAACGAUGGCCGAAGAUCAUUUAUACCCGGUGGCUGAGGGGGGAAGUAACAGUAAUCAUAAUAAUGUUCUAGAAGAAUGGGAAGCCGAAGCUAGCGUUGAAGGUCUAAGAUCGAAACUAGAGAGAUGGCGGACGGAAUUACCACCUAUAUAUGAUCGUACUAAAGCAACCUACAACAGAAACAUGGAACACAGGAGGCGACAUACGGAUGGUGGUUCAGGAUCAAUGCUUUCUUGCGUUAUGUAUGGAUUCGAGUGCUCUAUUUCUUGUGGGGUAAAACCUAGAGGUAAAGUUAAGGGUAAACGGGGUGCUCUUGAAAACUUCGAUGAUGACGCAACUCAAUCUUACAUGCCAUGAAAAAUGAAAAAAAAAAUGAGAUAAGAGUAUUCAAAAUAAGUCUCUCAUCACGUAACUCCUUCUUCAUGGCCAUUAAGAUGCACGAAUAUUGCAUGGGUUCAAUAAGAAAGGAGUACUUAUUUUGGGGUCAGGCAAGCUCAGCGUGGUUAUUUUACAUGGACAAGGAAUACCUACUAAACAUUAAUGAUUCUGAGUCACCUCUACACAUUGGUGGAAUCCUCGUCGGCGCAGAACUAAGAGACAUGCACAGCGAUUGUGAAACAUAGAGAGCUGAUCAUGUAAGUUGCAUGUGAGUUAAGACCACUGUCUCUUUUUAUUUAUUUUUUCUUUUGAUUGUCAGAAUCCAAAAAAAAAAAAAAAAUCAUUUUUUUUUACUUCAUUAGGAACUUAACUUAAAAGUAAAAACAAAUUGUCGAGGAAAAAAAAAAGAAUGUUGAGUGAAUAUUUGUAUUAGGUCUGUACUUUGGCAUUUAGAAUUAUAUGUUUGUUAUUAUGUUGUUCCACUGAUUUAAGUUAGUAUUAUAUUGUG